GUAAAAAGAAUGUAUGUAUGCGUGUAUGUAACAUUGGACUUUAACCAGAUGUUUUCAUCUUUUUUUUAACUGAACCAAAAUUACUGCUAUAAAAAAUGUAGUUUUUAAAAUUAUGUAUUUGAGGGGCUAGAGAGAGCUCAGUAGGUAAGAGAGCUUGCUGCUUAAACAUGGGCACCUGAGUUCAGACGCCAGCAGCCACUUACAUGUUAGGCACGCUAGUCUGUAACCUCAGUACUGUGGGAGUGAGGCUGCCAGUAGCUUCCCUAUCCAGGUUCAGUAGAAGACCCUAUCCCAGAAGAGGGAGGCCUGGAGUGAUAGAACACUGUGAUCAUCUCCUCACCGGCCUCCACAUGUGUGCAAAUAAUAUGUGCACACCUGCACACAGCAUACACACACACAAACACACAUUUCUGUAUUUGAAACAACAUGUUAAUGAGUACCUUUCUGUUAAUCAAAUAUUGUAACUUAUGCUUUAUCUUCAGGAACCUUCCAUUUAAAAAAAAGUAACCAGGACAAUUUUCACAAACAUGCUUAUCUCAUACAAUAACAACAGUUAAUUUCAUAUAAUAACAACAGUUAAUGCUCUCCUAUCAUGUUUGGUUCUGUAACCUGGAAAUGUAGGAUGGGUGCAACUGCUGUUGCACUUAUCAUAAGACCAUGUAUAUAAUAUGCAUCAGCCAAGGAACAUUGCUGUCCUACUACACAAAUGAACAGUAUGGACACUAUUGCUAUUAUUGUAACUUUUUUGAGCUAGACUCUUACUGUGUGUUGUUGGCUGAGCUGGAACUUGCCAUGUAGACCAGGCUGGCCUACACUUACAUCAGCCUAGCAAGUGCUAAAUUCAAAGCAUGUGCCACCACACCGGGCCCAAUUGUUACUGUGUUCUGUUAGAGAAACAUUCCACUACUGAGCGGUAUACCCACAGCUCUAUGCAGUCUUAAGACCAAGAGAGAGCCAUUAGAUUAUUUUCUUUUAAUUUAUACAACUGCUACUGUGGUGUGUGUGUGUGUGUGUGUGUGUGUGUGAGAGAGAGAGAGAGAGAGAGAGAGAGAGAGAGAGAGAUCGGCUUCUUACCCAACACUGAAAACUCAAGGAUAAGCUGGCUUAGUGGGUAAAACAAUUGCUGCAUAUGCAUCAGGAUUUGAGUUCAAAUUCCCAGAAAGCAUGAAAAGCAGGCCACAUAGUUCAUGCGCCUGUAGUCCCAGUACUACAGGGAGACGGAAGGUAGACACUGAAGAAUCCCCAGAAGUUCAAGGGUCAGCCAGUCUGGCAUAUCAGGUGGAAAAGCAACAGGGACCCGCUUUAAACAAAGUUGAUGGCAUGGGCUGACACCUGAGUUUGUCCUCUGACCUCUAUACAAAUGUUAUGGCACCAAUGGCCCCAUAUAAAAACAAAACAAACAAAAUUAUCUCAAAGAUGGAUAUGAUCUGGUCUUUCUCUGCCCUGGCCUUGGAGGCAAAUGAUUAUCAGUUGAUGUCCUAACUCUAAUCUAGGGGCCAUAAAAUUGCAAAGGAGAUGCCCCAAUUGCAGAAAUCCAGAGUAGGAAAUAAACUGUAGUAACCGAGAGAACACAUUAUAAGCAGAUUGUCUGGGUCUAGUUCCUAGAUUUACUACUUGCUGUGUGACAUUAGGCAUGUUACUUACCCACUCUGUAUGUCAGUGCUCCCUACAAAAUAGGUGUAGCUGCAACCUGAAGUUUGCUUGAGUGUUAGAGGCUUAGUACAACACAUGGCGGAUCCUCACUCUUGUGACCUAGUGUGUCAGGGACAAAAUAAGACCAAACCAGGAAGCUUGGUACCGAAACAGGAGCUGCAUUGAGUGGGGGUCAUGACAAAGGGAGUGGAAAGAUGAGGGAGAGACCUGCCUAUGACUCCAGACAGGCUCACGUUAGGAAAGUUCUCGGAGACUUUGAGGAAGAGCCUCCAGUCUGCAUUGCAGACAGACACCUCUGGUGUAGAAGGAAAAGUACAGAGAAGAUGGGGUGGGAGACAUACUUGCCUGCAAUCCCAGGCCGCACUGUUGGCUGUUAGCCUGGGCAACAUAAAGAAACUCCAUCUCAAAAGGGGAUGGAGAAAGGAGGGUCCCAAUGAGAGAUGAACCCUAUUAAAGGGCAGGGGAAGAAUUCGGGUUUACUCAGAUGAUGAACUCGGCGAGCUUAGACUAAGGGAGAUGGGCAGUUCUGAUAUUUAGCUUAUGUGAUGAAAAAGCAGGGGAAUGCAGGUUUAGGGAUAAGAUUUUGGCUUUGUAGAGCUUUGGGGGGGUCUGUGGGAUGAGCAGAAUUUGUGCUUAGGGCAUGCCGCUGCCGAGCUUUAGAUAAGAUUUUGGACUCACUGGGAUAUGGGCAGGGUCUAGGAAAAAGGAAUAUAUGAAGAGAUUCAGGGAUGGUUCUGGAAAGCCCACCACUGAAAAGCCAGAGUUAGCUAGCAAAGAAGAAUGGUAAGUGAAGGGGAGACUAUAAAUAAAUCAAGUCAUGAAAAAUUAUGGGAAUUCUAGGAGGACGUGUUCAAAUUCAGGAGAGAAAGAGGUCAAGUGGAACUAAGAAUCACCCCUUGGAGUUGGCACUUAGGAAAAAAAGAGCUUUAAGAAAACCUACAAGCUAUUGUUGCAAUAGUCUAAUGAAGUGUAGCAAGAGACUGAGUCCUCUUCGUUAAUAUUUUAAGUUGCUAGGCUGAGUUCCUAGAGAAUAACCACAAGUGUGAUCUAGUUUCACCCUUGCUACUUGGUAUUUUCUUAGGGCCUGGCGAGAAGAUGCCACAUCAGCGCACACACACGCACACGCGCGCGCGCGUACACACACACACUCGCAUUGAUGGUGUAAAGAAUGAAUGGGUGACAACAGGUCUGCAGUGCCAAAGAUCUGCCUCUGCAGGGCUCUGGGAGCCCCCACCACGUGGCUAGUUCUAAGCAGUAGCAGGAAGCUCCGAGGAGGAGUGACAACAGUUGUUUUAACAGAAACUUUAAGAUUGUUAGCUUCUAGGGGUGAUCUGGUGGUAUUUGCCGGUGGUAAAGGGAGACCCACGUUUGGUGAUGAAGAUGCGGAUGACAUAUAUAAACCUGGGCAAUCUUGGACAGCUUUUUCUAUGUGCCGUACCUUUGUUUUAUUUCCUCUCUCUGCAGGGAGUACUGUAUUUCCUUCUCCUUGCAGCACACACUUGUCUUCUGGCCCACAGCUCAGCAGGCAGGCUAGGUCAAGCUUGGCCCGUCCACCAGGCAUGACAGUGGCUCUAGGCGCAAUAGUCUCCCGGAUUCUUCCAAAAACUUACCUGGGAACUCUGACGUGGAGCUAUUAGGAGCGCACGGAGGACAGGACGCGGCCGUGACGAGGGCGCCCUGAGUGGGGGCGCAGGCAGGGCCCCGGCGCUUCGUCCUCACUGUGCCCGCGGCCGCCCGCCGCGCGGGUCUCAGCGUGUGUCCGCAGCCCGGGCUGCCGGGUCGCCCGGCCGCUCGUGCCACGGAUGCCGGCAGGCCAGGCCGCCCACCCCGGGGCCCGCGCCCUCCGCCUCCCGCGGCCCGGCCGCUCCGCGGGCCGCCGCACUGCGCAUGAGCGGGAGCCCGGCGAGCCCGUGAGAGGCGCCGCCGCCGCCGCCGCCGUCCAUUCGCUGCGGAGCCGGAGGAGGAGGGGAGAGGUCCGGAGGACACCAACAUGAACAAGUUGAAAUCAUCGCAGAAGGAUAAAGUUCGUCAGUUUAUGAUCUUCACACAAUCUAGUGAGAAAACUGCAGUAAGUUGUCUUUCUCAAAAUGACUGGAAGUUAGAUGUUGCAACAGAUAAUUUUUUUCAAAAUCCAGAACUUUAUAUACGGGAGAGUGUAAAAGGAUCGUUGGACAGGAAGAAGUUAGAGCAACUGUACACUAGAUACAAAGACCCUCAGGAUGAAAAUAAAAUUGGAAUAGAUGGUAUACAGCAGUUCUGUGAUGAUCUGGCCCUCGAUCCAGCCAGCAUCAGUGUGUUGAUCAUUGCAUGGAAGUUCAGGGCGGCCACACAGUGCGAGUUCUCCAAACAGGAGUUCAUGGAUGGCAUGACAGAGUUAGGAUGUGACAGCAUAGAAAAACUAAAGGCCCAAAUACCCAAGAUGGAACAAGAAUUGAAAGAACCAGGACGAUUUAAGGAUUUUUACCAGUUUACUUUUAAUUUUGCAAAGAAUCCAGGACAAAAAGGAUUAGGACCAUUUACUAGAAUUUGACAGAAAACAGUAAAACGGAACAAUGUGGAGAAGCUUCAGUUCCUGGUGGUUCCUGGAGGAAGGACGUGGUGAGGAAGAAAACUUCCUGCUUUUUUGAGUUAGCAUCAACAGUGAUGAUGUAAAAGUCAGAAGCUAUAAAAAGCGGGGUUGGUUCUUCAGAGAAACCUGGUGUUAAGGCAAGCAUGCUUAGGAUUUUGGCAUUCCGCAAAGAAAGGGGAAAGAGAAAAGUUCAGCCUCUGAGGAAGAGCUCAGAAGAUGUAGGCAGCAAGCUCAGCAUGGGCUGAGAACAGCCACACACGCUUUCAUUGGAUUUCAUUCCUUCUUCAUUGUUUCUUCUUUUUUUAACUUAAACCAUGCAUUUAUUGAUUGAUUGGGGUGGGGGAGAGAGAGUGAGAAGGAGAGGGAGAACGUGUGUGUGUGUAUGUGUGUGUGCAUGUGCAUGCACGUCAUGACACGUGGAAGUCAGACAACUUAAAGGAGUCAGUUCUCUCCUUCCACUCUCUGUGUUGUAGGGAUCAAACCGUAGGCUAUCGCGCCCGCUCUCGACCAGCAAGAACGACGCGACCACCAGUCCUUCUAACAGCAGUUUAUUCAGUCCUGAUUCUUCUUGUUUAUAUCUCCCCCGAACCCUGGGCCUCUCACUCCUUUUAUACUCUCUCUCAUCCACGCACCGCAGGCCACGCCCCCUCGCCAGUCACGAGGCUUCAGCUAAUCAGGGCAGCAGGGGCAAAUCUCCACCAAAUUGGAUUCACCUGUAUCCUGGUACACCUGCGCAGCACUCAAGAUGUUUGUGUCUUAUAUGAGGAAGUUAGGUGCAAGUCAUAUGACUUAGCUGCAGUCCCUGGCGCCUUUGGGACUGCUGCCACACCCGCUCCCCACAGUAGGCCUCAUCAGACUUCCAUAUUCGCUUACCCAUCUCACCAGCCCUAUUUUACUCAUUUCUGUCCUGAUCUUUAUUAUCUAUUUCUGUCUACCAAUUGUAGCUUUGCUGUGUUCUCCCCCUCCCAAGGUCCUAAAGUACUUUUUUGAGUUAUAUUUAGAGCUCAGACUUUUAAUAUUUAUUUUAUUUGUGUGUGUGUGUGUGUUCUCACACACACACACACACACACACACAAGGCACUUACGUAGAGGUUGGACAACUUUAUUUGUAUGUGUGUUUGCACACGCCAUUCACAUGAAUACACACAUUCAUAUAUGUAGAGGUUAGACGACUGUGGGAAUCAUUCCUUCUGGCCCUUUAGGUGGUAAGGGUUAUACUCUGGUCUUCAUUCAGGUCUUCAGGCUUAGUUGGCCCAGGACUUUACUCUUUAUUCGCCCUGUCCUCUCUGUAUUCUUUGAUUUUUCAGCAUGGACACUUCUUGAAGCUAUUAACUCUCCUCUUUAGAUUGCUUUCACUGACUGUAGCCCAUGGGUUUUGGUAUGUUAAGUUUUGAUUUUCAUUUGAUUCUUAAGCAUUCUUAAUUUUUUAAACUACAGUGACCCUCAUUCAGUAGUGAUUUGUUCCUCAUCCAUAAGUUUGCCUAUUUUCUGUCAUUUCUCUUGCUGUUGAUGUUAACUAUUUCCAUCAUGAUUGGAUAGAAUAAAAGAAAUGGUUCGCUUGUUUUAUGCCCUGUUAUGUGAUUAUUUUUUAGAGUAUGUCAUGAUCUGCUAGAACAGUAUAUAUACUGAGGUUUUUAAUGGAAUGUUCUCAAGGUCCCAUUAGGUCCGUUGAAUAAUAAUUUCAUUUGACUUAUAUUUUUGUUUUGUUUUGUUUGUCUGAAUGAUUUUGUUGGUGAGAGUAGGAUACUGAUUUGAGCCACUGUUGUUGCACUGAGAUUACAUCCGGGUCUUCAGAUCCAGGAGAGUUUGUCUCUGAAGCUGGUUAGAACAAUACAUUUAGAAUUAUGUUUUCUAUAAAGGGAGGAAAUAUUACCGUAUUUAUUUUACGGAUUCAUUAUUUCCUCGAUACCCAAACCAGGUAAAAAGACAAUGAUAAGAGGAAAACUUCAUGCCAGUUUCUUCAAUGAACAUACAUGAAAAAAUUGUUAACAUACUUUCAGACCAAAUUCAGGAGCACAUUAAAAUUGAAGGUUGAUUCAUCAUAUGCAAAUUAAUAAAUGCAGUAAGUCCUUAAAUAACUUAAGGACAAGGUACAGAAAUGAAGAAAAGGCAUUUGACAAAGAUCAGUGUGCCUUCAUGAUUUAAAUGCUGGAGACAUUAGCAUUGCCAUAAAAUAAGAAGUUAUUACUACAAAUUUGCAACCGAUGUUAUAUUACAUGGACAAAAACUGAGAAUAUUUCCUUUAAAAUCAUAAAUGGGGCAGAGAUAACUACUGUUAUGUCUCAUGUUCAGUAAACUGCUCAAAGUCUUAGCAGUAACAAGAGAAGAGAAAGAUGUAAAAGGGACAGGGUAAGAGGAGGACGAGUAAUGUAUCCCUAUUUGUAGACAGAGAAAUUUCUACCAGAGAAAUCCUAGAUCUAACGAACACUUUGGGUAAAGUUGUAGGAUGAAAGAAAAAAAAAAAAAUCAGUGUAUAGCAAGAUUUUGCUGAAAGGACCCAGAUAUAGCUGUCUCUUGUGAAACUAUGCCGGGGCCUAGCAAACACAGAAGUGGAUGAUCACAGUCAGCUAUUACCCAAGGAGCUAAAGGGAACUGCAACCCUAUAGGUGGAACAACAAUAUAAACUAAGCAGUACCCCGGAGCUCUUGUCUCUAGCUGCAUAUGUAUCAAAAGAUGGCCUAGUCAGCCAUCACUGCAAAGAGAGGCCCAUUGGACUUGCAAACUUUAUAUGCCCCAGUACAGGGGAACGCAAGGGCCAAAAAGGGGGAGUGGGUGGGUAGGGGAUGGGGUGGGGUAUGGGGGACUUUUGGGAUAGCAUUGAAAAUGUAAACGAGGAAAAUACCUAAUAAAAAAUAAAUUAAAAAAAAAAAAGAAAUAAGUUUUAUUUUUAAAAUGACUCUGACUCAGUUCUGAUAAGCAUUUUAGAAAAAAAAAAUCAGUGUAAAAAGAGAAAGAAAUUGGGGAAAAUGCCUCAUUAAUAACAGCUGAGAAAAAAAAUACCUGUGAGUAAAUCUAGUCAAAACAAGGAAAGACUGCCCCUUGAGUAAAUGCUUCAAGGCACUGGAAAAGGACACCAAAGAUCCUAGGGUGGCAAGGCACAUCCCAUGAUCCUGGACUAGCAGAAUUGAGUCUGUGAGAACAGCCAUAUCACCAAAAGUAAAUCCAUAUGUGUGACUCCCAUCAGAAUCCUCAUGUCCUUCACUGAACCAGAAAAAAAAAAAAAAAAAAAAAAAAAAAAAAA